AUGGCCACACUGAUGUCCACUAGGGGGCCACACCGACACUACACUGAGCUUGCAGACCUUCGUCACCUCCACUCGAAGCUGAAGAAGCAGUUUCAGGAGAAGAUGGCAGAGCUGUCUCACGCCAACAGGAGAAUGGAAGGACACGAGGCUGAGGUCAAGAAACUCCGGAUGAGGGUCGAGGAGCUGAAGAAGGAUCUGGGUCAAGCGGAAGACGAGCUGGACGAGGCCCAGAAUCAGACCCGGAGGCUGCAGAGGUCACUGGACGAACAGGUGGAGCAGACGGAGAACAUGCAGGUGCAGCUGGAGCAUCUACAGUCCAGGUGA